AUGAUGGCCACCGAGCCCUCGUCCCCGGGGAACCCCGUCGAGGACCUCGAAACACUACCCCUCGACUCCUCCUCCAGUGUCGGUGUCGCGGCCACAACCGACCCCCUGGUCCGCCCACCUCCUCCCCCCUCGUCCACCUCCUCUCCUACCGCCGGCGAGAACCACGGCGCGUUUCUGGACGAAGAGGACGAGGAUGGGGUGGAGGACUUCACGCCUCCCCCGGCUCCCCACGCCGCUGCGGCCGCGACGAAGUCCCGCGAGGCGUCGCCGGGGUUCGCUGAGAUCACUGUCUCCGAGCCUAGGAAGCACGCGGAGCCCGCGACCGGAGCCGUUGGCGUCAUUCCAGGCUCGGCCAGCUACGUCUCCUACCUCAUCGCCACUCGGGUGCCCGACGGCGGCGAGUUCCGCGUGCGUCGGCGCUUCCGCGACGUCGUGGCGCUCGCCAACCGCCUCGCGGAGACACACCGCGGCCUCUUCGUACCGGCAAGGCCCGACAAGAGCAUCGUCGAGGGGCAGGUCAUGCAGCGGCACGACUUCGUGAACCAGCGGUGCGUCACGAUCCAGCGCUACCUCCGCCGCCUCGCCGCGCACCCCGUUGUCGGCCGCAGCCCCGUCCUCCACGCCUUCCUCACCGAGCCUAGCGGUAUCCCCACUUCGGACGGUGAGUCCCCCAGGUGGAGCCCUGCGAUGAGUGCUGCCACGCCCAUGGCUGCUGCCGCUCCAGUGACGCCUACGAAGAGUGGGAGGGACUUUUUUGGGGUGUUCAAGGACCUGAAGCAGACAGUAACCAAUGGGUGGGUGGCAGUAAGGCCACCUCCAGUGGAGGAGGAGAUCGACACGAAGUACCUUGUGCACAAGGCCAAGCUUGAGGACUUGGAGAAACAUCUGGUGACAGCAUCUCAGCAGGCAGAGGCAUUUGUUAAAGCUUAUGACGAUCUUAGAGCAACGACUGGUCUCUUGGGAAUGUCAUUCAUCAAACUGGCUAAGUUUGAAAAGGAGCAGGCUACGUGUAGUUCUCAGAAAAGACGAGCUGCUGACAUCAGUAAUUUUGCCAGUGCUGUUGUUAGAGUUAGCAGAUCACAGGCAAAACUAAAUGCUGAAAUUGUAAAACAUCUGGGCAUUAUCCAUGAGUACAUGGAGACAAUGGCUUCUGUUCAUAACGCUUUUAUUGCUCGUUCCAAUGCUUUGCUUCGUGUGCAAAAUUUGUCAGCAGAACUAUAUUUCUUGCAUACCCGGGCGGGAAAACUUGAAUCUGUAUCAUCGAGAGGAAUGGAUCAGGAAAGAUCAAGGUAUCAGAAGAUAGAAGAACUGAAAGAAACAGUAAGAGCCACGGAAGAUGCAAAAGCACAUGCACUUAAAGAAUUGGAACUUAUCAAGGAAAACAACAUGAAUGAAAUUAAAAGAUUUAACAAGGAAAGACGCCAGGAUUUGGUGGAGAUGCUGAAAGGCUUUGUAUCGGAUCAGGCCACAUACUCGGAUCAUUUUGCUAGCAUAUGGACAAAGGUAGCAGAAGAAACAAAAGGAUAUGCAAAAAACAGCAGUUGA